CUAAAAUAUGACUAUUGGAUUUGACGAAGAUUUACCUACCGAUGUUUAUGAAUACAACACCAUUCGAAAGAACAUGGACUGGGAGAAAUCUGGUAUUGCUUCCCUUUUGAAACCUGCACCUGUGUCUCAACAUUUACCUGCUUUUGAUUCGGAUGGAAAACCCUGUUUCAAAGCCUAUGUGGGAUCCGGUAAACUGCAAGGCAAAUUCGCUCUGAUUACUGGUGCUGAUAGUGGCAUUGGUCGAUCCAUUGCUACCCUCUAUGCCUUGGAAGGUGUUGCUGGUAUUACCAUUGUAUAUCGUGAUGAACAAGAAGACGACGAUGCCAUGUAUACUAAGAACACAAUCGAGUCUCAAAGUAGCUGCAAAGUCAAUUUAAUUGCGCGCGAUGUAGGUUAUGAGGAAACUUGCCAGGAGAUAUUGGAUUCGCAUUUGAACGCAUUUGGAAGAUUGGACAUUCUUGUCAAUAACGCUGCUGAGCAGCACAAGGUCAUGAAGGUGGAAGACCUUGACUGCAAGACUGUUGAGCGUACCUUCCGUACCAACGUGUUUGGCCCUAUCUUUAUGACCAAGUUGGCCUGUAAUCAUCUUGUAGCAGGUGGUGUUAUUAUUAAUACAGCUUCUAUUGCAGCUUAUCGUGGUAUGGAUGUACUUGUUGAUUAUUCCGCUACCAAGGGAGCUGUAGUGUCAUUCACCCGUGCACUUUCUCAGCAAUUGGCACCUCGUCGUAUCCGAGUCAAUGCAGUUGCUCCUGGACCUGUUUGGACACCUUUAAUUCCUAAUACCUUUUCUAGAGAAGAGAUCCAAAACUUUGGUUCAUUCCCUCCUUUCAAGCGACCUGCCCAGCCUUGCGAAGUAGCCUCUUGCUUUGUCUUUUUGGCCGCUGACGAUUCUUCCUUUAUGACUGGCCAAGUUCUUCAUCCCAACGGUGGAACUGUUAUCAAUACUUAAAAAAUAAAGUUUCUAUUUUAUAUUUUUAGGGGGUUAAAUAAUCCUUUUUAAGCCA